AUGCGCCUCCCGUUCUUUGCCGCCCUCCUGGGCUUCCUCACCACCUCCCUCGCGCACAACAUCCAAAUGGGCGCGCAUCAACGAGAAUGCUUCCACGAGGUCCUGCAUAAGGAUGAUAAGAUGACAGUCACAUUUCAGGUUGGAGACAGAGAAUUUGGCGGUGCGGGGAAUCUGGAGAUUGACUUCUGGAUCGUCGGCCCAACGAACGAAUACGUAGCCAACCAAAAAGCCGUCUCCUCCGGCGAUUAUUCUUUCGACGCGAGGGACGAUGGCAAGCACUUAUACUGCUUCAGCAAUGAAGCUUGGUCUGCGAGCACGAAGGAGGUCAGCUUCAAUGUGCAUGGGAUUGUCUAUGUGCCCGAGAGCGAGGCGCCGAGCGAUCCGUUGGAGGCUGAAGUCAAACAACUCACCGAGCUCCUAAACCAAGUCAAAGACGAACAAUCCUACAUCGUUGUCCGCGAGCGAACACACCGCAAUACAGCCGAAAGUACAAACGGCAGGGUCAAGUGGUGGAGCAUAUUUCAGCUGGGAGUUUUGAUUGGGGAGGGCAUAUUUCAAGUCUGGUGGCUGAAGAGGUUCUUUGAGCUAGGUCCAAGUGAAGUUGACAAUAGUGCAAUCCCAGCCAUCCUAGGAAGUCCAUACGCCCAAUUCUCCUCAACACUACCCAGUCCUCCUCAACGAACUCCUCAUCCCGUCCACCCCUCACGUCUGCGACCCCAGACCAUCAAGCCUCCCCCUCUCAUCCGAAACCGCACAAACGAUCCCCUCGACGUUCUCGUCAAACGCGCACUCCAGCAUCCCCAUCGUGUGCACCACAUCCCCCGCCACCUGCGCGUCGAACCGCGCUCUGAUCUCGUUCCAGUACUUCCGCGCCACGAAGUGCCUAUCGUAUAUGGACCCGUUCCGUGUGACGACGUCGAGUAUCACGUCCACGAGCAGGUCCCGUUCUCGGAGUGCGAGCAGGGGUAG